AUGUGGAAUGAUGUGGAACAAGAGAAGAAAGUGGUGCAGACCGAAUUCUCUUGGUUACUUGCAUUUUUGGUUCGAAUGCUGAUGCAAGGGACAGGGUUUGUAGGUAGGUUGUGUUCAAAGCACGACUUGCAUGGGCAGUAUGAACAUGUGUUGCGUGUGACGACAGCGAUGAUGCUUCCCUGGCGUGCUAUGCGGCUGAAGUUGACACAUGAGGAUGCGCCGAAGCACAAGUCGCUCGUGACAUCUGUUGGCUGGUACAAGACAGGCAAGCAGUAUGAGCUUAUCUCUGCGGGGGAUGAUCAGGAAAUAUGGAAAUGGCAUGUUGAAGGUUCGCCGAUUGCGAAGCUUUGCAGCUGUGAGUCCUACUGCACGGCCAUGGCUUGGAUGCCGAGUGGCAAAGGUUCAGACAAUGCCUUUGCUUUGGGCUGUGCUGAUGGUACCUUUCGACUCAUUAGUGAAAUGGGUCGAGAAGAAAAGAAGGUGGAUGCACAUCGAGGUGCUGUGAUUUCCCUUAGAUGGAGCUUUGAUGGUUCGGCCAUCGCAACAGCUGGGGAGGACGGGAUUGUGAAGGUAUGGUCUCGAAGUGGCAUGCUACGAUCGGCGCUCGCACAGCAGUCUCAUGCAAUCUACUCCGUUGUCUGGUCUCCAGACUGUGAGCACAUCCUUUUUGCUUGCAGUUCCAAGAUCCACCUGAAGUCCAUCCAGGCUGGACAAAAGCAAGUGGAGUGGAAGGCUCACGAUGGAGUCGUGAUGAUGCUUGACUGGUCCUUUGUCAACAACACGAUCCUUUCCGCCGGUGAAGAUUGCCGGUACAAGAUUUGGGAUGCCUAUGGGCGCCUUCUCUUUAAUUCAGCACCUCUUGAUCACGUUGUGACCUCCAUUGCUUGGUCCCCAACAGGCCGGCAUUUUGCCGUUGGAAGCUUCAAUACCUUGAAGCUUUGUGACCGAACCGGUUGGUCCUACUGCAGAGAGACGCCAGACGUGGGGUCAAUCUUUUCGAUCUCGUGGUGCAACGACGGCACACAACUGGCCUGCGGCACUGGUAGCGGGCAUGUGGUCUUCGGAAGCCUAGUGGAUCGCUCUUGCACGUGGCAGAAUAUGGAUGUGACGCUCGACGAGAACAACACCAUUACUGUGGUUGAUAUUUUGAAUGAAACCAAGGAGGAGUUGGACUUCAGAGAUCGAGUCACUGACAUGUCCUUAGCCCAUGGAGCACUGGUGGUGAACACAAACAGCCAAUGCUUCGUGUAUCAAUCCACCAAUUGGAACACGCCCCAUGUAGAAGAUUUGAAAGAGCCGCCGAUGCUGAUUGUUCAGUGUCCACAUCACUUUGCUUUGGUUGACGCUGUCGGCAUUCAGAUCAUCAACUACGAAGGUCGGCAGCUUUCUACCAUCAAAAUGAGUGGUUUGCGGUACGAGCACUUGAACCACCAGACUCUGAGUAUUUGCAGAGAUGCUGUUGCGCUGGUAGAUCCUUCCCAACCGAAGCAGAUUCGUGUGUUCGAUGUGUUCACUGGUCGCGCGAUGGGGAACCCCAUUAUGCACAAGCUCGACAUCAUCCGCAUUUCACUCAACCAGCAUGGCUCUGGCAGCGACCGGAAAAUUGCCAUUCUGGACAAGAACAAGGAUUUGUACUUGACCCAAGCUUUACAGGCUGACAAGACUGAGAAAUUGGGUGCGAUGGUGGACACGUUUAUGUGGAAUGACAGCACAGAUAUGCUCGUUGCGCUGAUGGAUGAGAAGCUGGUGAAUUUCAUUUACCCCACGGUGGUCUUCGUAGAUAAGGAUUUGCUGCCUAAGACGCAGCAGUCCAAGACUUGCGCAGAUGCUGGCAAGUAUGCUCAAAUCGUGGCCUUCUACGGCUCGAACUGUACCAUUAGAAAGGCAGAUGGAUCUGACUUGGCCAUGGUCAUGACGCCUUAUCCGCAAUUGCUUUAUCAGCACUUUGAAAAGGGCCAGUGGGAGCAGGCAGUGCGGCUUUGCAGAUAUGUCAAGACGCCAGAGCUGUGGGCAUCUUUAGCGGCCAUGGCUAUUCACCAAAGGGCCCUUGACACCGUGGAAAUCGCGUUGGCUGCCAUUGACGAGAUCGACAAAGUUCAGUUUGUGGCCCACAUCAACAAAUUGCCUGAUGAUGUGUUGCGCUCUGCUGAGCUGGCGCUGUUCUGCAAACGGCCAGAUGAGGCUCUCAACAUUUUACUGCAAAAUCGUCGGAUAUUCCGAGCGAUCAAGAUGAACAUCCGUUUACACAGAUGGAAUGAUGCUCUGGAACUGGCAAAGAAACACCAGACCCACGUGGACACAGUUCUCGCCUACAGACAGCAGCACCUGCAGCAAAUGAAGCACGUCGAAACCAACGACGACUUCAAACAUUGGGCUGCUGAGGUUCCAGUGGACUGGGAGACAGUGAAGCGAAAGAUGGCCCUGGAGAAGGACCAGGAGAUCAGAGCUGCCAACGGCGAAGUUGGUGGUGGUUAG